UGCAGGAAAUGCAGCCAGAUGAUUGGAAAACAGUCAAUGCCGCUGAGUAUUUGAAAUCUAUCUGAUGUGUUUAUCUCUAAAUGAAAUCGUCUGUUAUUUUUUGCCUACCAUCUGAUAAUUUAACAGGACCUGAAUGCAUACAGUUUGUAUGAAGUAUUUUGCCAAGAGGCAAUCUUCUCAACAGAUAGUUUAAACAUGAUUUUUUCUUAGUGUUAUGUUAGCAGCACCUCGACAUGGCAACCGCAAUGAUAGAGUGCGAAAUUUGCAACGAAGAAUUCGACUCUGGCAACCACAAGCCACUUUGUCUGACCUGCGGCCACACAUUUUGCUUCUCUUGCAUUUUGGAACUAACAACUUCAUCCGAUAUUUGCAUCUGCCCUAAAUGCAAGAAAGAAACUGCCCAAGAUAUCGAUAAAAUAUUGGUUAACUACGCAUUAAUGCCAUCUGAAAACAAACCUUAUCAACGCUUACCACGUUCACCGUCAGAAACGCGAUGUCUUCAGCACCACAAGACGCUGGAUUAUCUGUGCGUGGACUGCAUCAAAUUAACAUGCUUCAAGUGCACCAGGGACACGCACGGCACGCACAAAGUUGAGGCGAUCGACGACCUGGUCAGUGGAGAUGAAAGUGCUAUGAACUCUACGAGGAAAAUACAGACCACGAUGCAGAAUAAGAUUUUCGGCUUGAAAAAUUUAGCCACGGCACUUAAUGACUUUUCGGGUUGGAUUGAUGACGCAAUCAACGUGAAGAAUGAUUUGGAUGAAUGGAAAGAAGCGCUGCAGGUCCAAAUAAUUUCUGCCGACAAAGAUUUUCAGGCCUGGAAGGAUUUGGUCUCCAAUGUCGACGAGGAAGAGAGACUUGAAUGCAUGGAAAUUUUACGUCGCCUUAAAUUAGAGCCUGAAGUAUAUUCAAAAUUGCCCGAAAUCACGGAGAAACUGGGAGCAGUUGUUGAGAACUACCGUUCGUUAAAGAUGCCAUCAAAUCCGCAUAACCUCUUGCCGCAUGGACAACAUUGGACAGUAACUAACAGUGAUGAAGGCGGGCGAGCUGUACGUAGUCUGUUAAACAACAGGAAGCCCAGCCGCCUCGUAGUGAUAUCCCUCCACACGGACCCCAUCCCGAGCCUCAGUGAGCUACUGGCGCUAAUUGUUUCCAACGACACCGGCGACCUGAGCUUGGUUAACUUGGACACCUUCUGGUGGCCCCCAAAGUCUGAUUUUUAUUGUAGUGUAGACUUCAUCAAAGAGUUUGGACGCUGGCUCAGCGCCGUGUACGGCACCCCAUACGACCUCGUCUCCUACAUGAGAGAGCGACAGCGCGAGCCCCGCAUGUUCGGCCUCCGCUUCGAAGAUGAGGGUGCCGUUGACUACUGUAUAAAAAUGGAACUACCUGCAUGUG